UUUCUGGCCCAGUGCGGCGCUGGGGUCGUCGUAAGGAGCCGGUUCCCACUCACCUUAACCCGCACCAAAGCCCUCUCCCUCGCCCUCGCCGCCGCCGCCGCCGCAGCCUGCGCGGAGCUCGAAGCGGGAGUGGAGAGGGCAAAACAGAACCGCGAUGGAGUACGUCAACCCUCUCACCGGCUUCCGCGUCGACGGCCGCCGCCCCAACGAGAUGCGGCAGCUCAAGGGCGAGGUCGGCGUCGUCUCCAGGGCCGACGGCUCGGCGCUCUUCGAGAUGGGCAACACCAGGGUCAUCGCCGCGGUCUACGGACCUCGAGAGAUCCAAAACAGGAGUCAGCAACAAAAUCGUAAAGAGGCUUUGGUGCGUUGUGAGUAUAGAAUGGCAGAAUUUAGCACUGGGGAUCGAAGGAGAAAGCCAAAAGGUGACAGGCGAUCAACAGAAAUUUCUCUUGUUAUUCGACAAACAAUGGAGGCAAGCAUAUUAACACAUUUAAUGCCACACUCACAGAUUGACAUAUUUGUCCAAGUUCUUCAAGCUGAUGGUGGAACCAGGUCCGCAUGCAUCAAUGCUGCAACACUAGCACUUGCAGAUGCUGGGAUUCCAAUGCGAGACAUAGUCACAUCUUGCAGUGCUGGGUACCUGUGUUCUACUCCUUUGCUUGAUCUGAACUAUAUAGAAGACAGCGCUGGAGGCGCGGAUGUCACCGUUGGCAUUCUUGCAAAGAUGGACAAAGUGACUCUUCUGCAGAUGGACGCGAAACUACCAAUGGAUACAUUUGAGACUGUGAUGGACCUUGCAACUGAAGGGUGCAAAGCGAUCGCAACCUACAUCCGAGAGGUGCUAUUGGAGAACACGAAGCAGCUGGAGUGUCAGCGAGGCUAGUUAAACCUAGCCGGCGGAGGCCAUUAAACGAGAGCCUGUAGCACUUGAAGGCGGGUCUGUUGUGUAACGCUGAUUGAUGGCUUAUCUGCCUAGCAGAGCUAGCAUUGAGAGAAAAUUGACACUUAACCUGUCAAAGAUUGAUGGACCAUCAUAUUCCCUCCUAACGUAAAUGCUGUAGCGCACAGGAGAUGACAUCUUGAUUAUGUGAAACUUUGAUGUUGAACUUGGUAUCCAUGUUGUACUUCCGAAAAUGUUUUAAUAUGGUGCAAAUUUAACUUAAA